UUUAUAUAUCGUUAACGCACUUCCUAAACUCCUUCAACAAGUUCGUCAUACGCACUUUACAAAUUUUAAAAGGUUUGUCAAAAUAAUGUUCCUUCUGACCAUCCUAACAUUGCAGAAACACAGGAGUGUAAGCCGUGUCUGUCUGUCUGGCACAGGUCCACCAGUUUUUAAAGAUAAAACCAAUGGAGAGUGGAUUGCCAGACCAGAAAUGUCUACUGUGGAAAUUAAAUGUGUUGCUUGUGGAAAACCAAAACCUACCAUUAAGUGGUAUAAAAACAAGCAAUACAUUGAUCCUGGCAUGAAGGGAGGACACUACCAUAUAAGAAAAUGGAAACUUUCUAUUUUAAAUUUGGAAAAAAUGGACGAAGGACAAUAUACCUGUGUAUUAGAAAAUACACAGGGUAUAUUAAAUUUUACCUUUAAAAUUGAAGUUCUUCAAUUGACAAUAAUGACAAAACCAAUUGGUUUGGGACCAAAUAACCAGACAGUUCAAGCCGGGAGUGAUGCUAGGUUUGAGUGUAAAGUGUUGAGAAAUGACCUACAGCACCAUACACAAUGGUUACAACAAUACACAGUCAAUGGUUCCUAUCGAGACGAUGAAAACCAGCCAUAUGUCAACAUCAUACAGCAAUCCAUGGUGAAUUUAAGUCACCCAGAAAUACUGACAAUAAAGAAUGUAACAAAAGAUAAUGCUGGAUGGUAUGGUUGCUUGAUUUCUAAUCCACUUGGUAGAUAUUACCAGACUGCCUGGCUAACAGUUUUAGAUGAACAAGCAGAAGCAGUAGACAUUAGUUCAGGAGGAACAAACGAUAAAGAGCAAAUAGUAAUCUACAUUAUCGGUGGUGUCGCAUCAGUAGUUGUUCUCUUCCUGUUACUCCUGAUAUUUAAAUGUUAUAGACAUUACAAGAGGGUACAGUCCAGCAAAUAUAGAAAUGUCAAGAGAGUAAUUGUCAUGACACAGAAUGAAAAUUACCAUCCAUACAAAUCUUAUGAUGGUACACAACCAUUUGUUUUACCCACAAUCAGAAUUGAACCUGGUCCAAGAAGACGCUUGUCAUCUGAUUUGACCAUGAUGUCAGAGUAUGAUCUCCCUCUGGACAAACACUGGGAAUUUAGACGGGAACAGUAAGUUAAAGCAUAACAUUGACCAUUCCAUGAAAGUUAUCAUACUGUAAAGACAUAUAUAUUGACUCAUGACAACAUUUUAACUUAUAUCUGUCGACCCACAAAUAGCAUUGCUCACUGUUUCUGACAUCCAGAUUGUUUCUUUGGUUAAAAGCUGUAUAAUGACCUGAUAUUUGAUUGGUAACGUAUCAAUUUUCAGAUGAUUUCAAUAGAUAUUGUAACCACUGUAGUAUGAAAUAUAACAAGAAGUUUUUCCAAAAACUCUUUUUUUCCAAGGUUUAACAUUUUCUCAUAUAUAUACUGGAAUCAUUAGGGCUCAACAAUAACACUUGUCUGAUUGUCUUGUACUACAGGAUAAAAAGGUCAGACAAGUAAAAGCUAUAUCAAUAUUAGUUUAAUUUAACAGGUUUAUAUGCUCUUAUAAUAUACUAGAUUAUGGAGUGUGUGUCAGAGCGAGAAUAUUUAGUCAGACGUCAGUCGCUACCCUGAUAUACCCUAUCUUUUUUAUGCCCCACCUACGAUAGUAGAGGGGCAUUAUGUUUUCUGGUCUGUGCGUCCGUUCGUCCGUCCAUUCGUCUGUCUGUCUGUUCAUCCGUCUGUCCCGCUUCAGGUUAAAGUUUUUGGUCAAGGUAGUUUUUAAAGAUGUUGAAGUCCAAUUGACUUCAAACUUGGUACACAUGUUCCCUAUGAUAUGAUCAUUCUAAUUUUAAUGCCAAAUUAGAGAUUUUACCCGAAUUUCACGGUCCACUGAACAUAGAAAAUGAUAGUGCGAGUGGGGCAUUCGUGUACUGAGGACACAUUCUUGUUGGGUAAUUAAUACAGAUAGCGUUUUUAGCCGAACAGAUUUAUCAUUUUUUCAUAACUUAAUUCAUUGUAUGCUGGUUCAUAUCCUGGACACCAGUCUUUGCUCCUUUCUAAUAUAAUUCACAAACAAAAAACAAAUAGGAAGCUUAGAAAUGGAAAAAUAUUAGAUACUUAACUUGUUCAAAGGGUAUCUACACGUCUCAAUCUUCAAAAUCGCCUAUCUAAA